ACUGACUUGACUCCCUAUCCAAACGUUAUAAAUAUCCACAGCAAAUAUAAAAUAAAAUAUCGACAAAUGUAUAUUAGGAUUCGAUAAACCUCAAAAACCCAAACGGAAAUGGCUCCAGCGCUCUACUUCAGGCCCUGCAUUUCUCCUCCUUCAACUAAUUGGAGCCAUCCAAAAAUGCUUGUAAAUCCUCUCAAUGCAAUCCCCAAAAUCUAUGGAGGUGGAGGUGGAGGAGGAGGAAGAGGAAGAUUGGAGGUAGUAGCAAAGGGUAUGUUAUCUCAAAGGAAGUUCAUGCAGAAGAGAAGGAAAGUGGAAGUGUUCAAAGACGCAGCAGAUGAAGCUGACCAGAAGAAUUGGAGAGGAGUCAUGAAGCAAAUUGAAGAAACUGGUUCUGCCGUUGCAGUUCUUAAAAGCAAAAGGAUUACCCAAAAUCAGGAUCUUCCUAAAGAUCUUGUUUUGGGUACUUUGGUUAGAUUUCAGCAGUUAAAGAAAUGGAAUCUUGUUUCUGAGAUAUUAGAAUGGCUUCGGACACAGCAUUGGUGGGACUUCAGUGAAAUGGAUUCGAUCAGGCUUAUCACAGCUCAUGGAAAGCAAGGGAACUUCAAUGAGGCUGAGAAGAUUUUAACUUAUAUGAAUAAGAUGGGCUAUGCACCGAAUGUUGUAUCCCAUACUGCCCUUAUGGAGGCCUAUGGAAGAGGAGGUCGGUAUAAUAAUGCUGAAGCCAUAUUCCGAAGGAUGCAAACUUUGGGACCUGAGCCUUCAGCUUUGACUUAUCAAAUAAUACUAAAAACAUUUGUUGAGGGAAACAAGUUUAAGGAAGCUGAAGAAGUCUUUGAGCCUCUAUUGAGUGACGAAAGGGCACCUUUAAAACCAGAUCAGAAAAUGUUCCACAUGAUGAUAUACAUGUAUAGAAAAGCUGGGAAUUAUGAAAAAGCUCGUAAAAUGUUUUCACUAAUGACCCAGCGAGAAAUCCCACAUUCUACUGUCACUUAUAAUAGUUUAAUGUCAUUCGAGACCAAUUACAAGGAAGUUUCAAAGAUUUAUGACCAGAUGCAAAGAUCUGGUCUUCAACCUGAUGUUGUGAGCUAUGCAUUACUCAUCAAUGCUUAUGGAAAAGCUCGAAGGGAAGAAGAAGCUUUGGCAGUUUUUGAGGAGAUGCUGGAUGCUGGUGUCAGGCCAACCCACAAAGCAUAUAACAUUUUGCUUGAUGCCUUUGCAAUCUCGGGAAUGGUGGAGCAGGCUCGAAUAGUGUUCAAGAGCAUGAGAAGAGACAGAUGCACCCCAAACCUUUGCUCUUAUACAACGAUGUUAUCAGCAUAUGCGAAUGCAUCUGACAUGGAGGGUGCUGAAAAAUUCUUCACUAGAUUGAAACGAGAUGGAUUCGAACCAAAUGUUGUCACAUAUGGUACGUUGAUCAAAGGUUACGCGAAGAUAAAAGAUCUUGAAAAUAUGAUGAAAAAAUAUGAAGAAAUGCAAUUAAGUGGUGUAAAAGCAAAUCAAACGAUUUUCACAACAAUAAUGGAUGCACAUGGUAAGAACAAAGAUUUUGGAAGUGCAGUCUCUUGGUACAAGGAAAUGGAGCGCCAUGGAGUUCCUCCUGACCAGAAAGCGAAAAACGUCCUUUUAUCUUUGGCCAAAACGGCAGAUGAAAAGGAAGAAGCUAACCAACUUGUAGGAUAUUCGGAUAAUGGAGCCUCUAGGUUUGUUAAUGGAGAAUAUGCCGAUGACGAUGAUGAUGAUGACGAUGAUUCAGAUAAUGAAGUGGACAAUUAUGAAUUAGAUGAUGAAGAAGAUGCAAAUUAUUAUGAUGAAGAGCAAGAGGAAUUAAUAGAUUUUACCAGUGAUGAUCAACAAAGUGUAGAAGGCCUAUAUUCUCUUAAAGUUAUUGAUUUGUAAGUUCACAAACUUCUGAUUUUUGGGUUACAAAUGUAUAUGUGGGAGUUCUGUUUUUCAUUUACUAUUUAGCUAUCAAACCAUAUCAGAUGAAGAGGUUCUUUCUUUUGGGUUUCAUUACAUGUUUUUAAUAUUUGAGGCAGAUAAGAUGAGUAACAUUUUUAUA